GCCUGUCUUUGUGGGGGAGCCCUCGGCUCAGAAUCCGGCCGUUCUUGGCGUCCCCCCUUUCUCUCUCCUCUCUCCGGGAUCCCUCUUCCUUUCGACCCGCCAGUUGGGCAAGCAAUGGAUUCUCGGGAUUCCGAGGGCUUGGACCCCAAAGUGCUGACGGAGGGGGACCCUCAGGGCAACUGGAGGCUUUGCCGUGCUGCCCGCUAACCGUGGUGCUGGAGCCCCAGAGCUGGUGCAACACAGUUUCACCUCACUGUGGGCGAGGACGAAGAUCCUGGGAUUUCAUGGAUGUCGACGUCCUCCCGGGGCCAGGACCCCACGUUCUCCCCUCCCAGGUGUUAUGACGCCCCGCAGGACCGCGGCUCGGGGCCCCCACGUCGGGACGGCGCCCUGGCGGCCACACCCAGCUCCCUGCGGGACGCGCGGUCCUACCAAAUGAGCUACAGCUGCGAGGGCCCCCAUCUGAAGCGGCGGGGCGGCGUGGUGGACCUCCGGGAUGUCAUCUUGGCCCACCAGGCGCACAAAAUCCACAGCACCCCCCAGGCCAGGAGGAAAGAAUGGGAAAUGGCCCGCUUCGGAGACGAGAUGCAGGCCCGCUACGGGGGAGGAGGAGGAGGCUCCGGGGCCGCCGCCGGGGUGGUCGUGGGCUCCGGAGGCGGGCGAGGAGCCGGGGGCAGCCGGCAGGGCGGGCAGCCCGGGGCGCAAAGGAUGUACAAGCAGUCAAUGGCUCAGAGAGCCCGGACCAUGGCCCUCUACAACCCCAUCCCCGUCCGACAGAACUGCCUCACGGUCAACCGGUCUCUCUUCCUCUUCAGCGAGGACAACGUGGUAAGGAAAUACGCCAAAAAGAUCACCGAAUGGCCUCCCUUUGAAUAUAUGAUUUUAGCCACCAUCAUAGCAAACUGCAUCGUCCUCGCCCUGGAGCAGCACCUACCGGACGAUGACAAGACGCCCAUGUCAGAACGACUGGAUGACACAGAACCAUACUUCAUUGGAAUUUUUUGUUUCGAGGCUGGAAUUAAAAUCAUCGCCCUUGGGUUUGCCUUCCACAAAGGCUCUUACUUGAGGAAUGGCUGGAACGUGAUGGACUUCGUGGUGGUGCUAACAGGCAUCCUGGCAACAGUCGGGACCGAGUUUGACUUACGGACGUUGAGGGCCGUCCGAGUUCUGCGGCCACUCAAGCUGGUGUCUGGAAUCCCAAGUUUACAAGUCGUCCUGAAGUCCAUCAUGAAAGCGAUGAUUCCUCUGCUGCAGAUCGGCCUUCUCCUAUUUUUUGCAAUCCUUAUUUUUGCAAUCAUAGGGUUAGAAUUUUAUAUGGGAAAAUUUCAUACCACCUGCUUUGAAGAGGGAACAGAUGACAUUCAGGGUGAAUCUCCAGCUCCGUGUGGGACAGAGGAACCUGCCCGCACCUGCCCCAACGGGACCAAAUGUCAGCCCUACUGGGAAGGGCCUAAUAACGGGAUCACUCAGUUUGACAACAUCCUAUUUGCAGUGCUGACUGUCUUCCAGUGCAUCACCAUGGAAGGGUGGACUGACCUCCUCUACAAUAGCAACGAUGCCUCAGGGAACACUUGGAACUGGUUGUACUUCAUCCCUCUCAUCAUCAUUGGCUCCUUUUUUAUGCUGAACCUCGUGCUGGGUGUACUUUCAGGGGAGUUUGCCAAAGAAAGGGAGCGGGUGGAGAACCGACGGGCUUUUCUGAAGCUGAGGCGGCAGCAGCAGAUCGAGCGAGAACUCAAUGGCUACAUGGAGUGGAUCUCAAAAGCAGAAGAGGUGAUUCUCGCCGAAGAUGAAACCAACGGCGAGCAGAGACAUCCUUUCGAUGUUGGAGCUCUGCGGAGAACCACCAUAAAGAAGAGCAAGACGGACCUGCUCAACCCCGAGGAGGCUGAGGAUCAGCUGGCCGACAUCACCUCUGUGGGGUCUCCCUUCGCCCGAGCCAGCAUUAAAAGUGCCAAGCUGGAGAACUCGACUUUUUUUCACAAAAAGGAGAGGAGGAUGCGUUUCUACAUCCGCCGCAUGGUGAAAACUCAGGCCUUCUACUGGACUGUGCUCAGUCUGGUAGCCCUCAACACCCUGUGUGUGGCUAUCGUUCAUUACAACCAGCCUGAGUGGCUCUCCGACUUCCUCUACUAUGCAGAAUUCAUUUUCUUAGGACUCUUUAUGUCCGAAAUGUUUAUAAAAAUGUACGGACUUGGGACGCGGCCUUACUUCCACUCUUCCUUCAACUGCUUUGACUGUGGGGUCAUAAUCGGGAGCAUCUUUGAAGUCAUCUGGGCUGUCAUAAAACCUGGCACAUCCUUCGGCAUCAGCGUGUUACGAGCUCUCAGGUUAUUGCGUAUUUUCAAAGUCACAAAGUACUGGGCCUCUCUCAGGAACUUGGUCGUGUCUCUUCUCAACUCCAUGAAAUCCAUCAUCAGUCUGUUGUUCCUUCUUUUCCUCUUCAUUGUUGUCUUUGCCCUCUUGGGAAUGCAACUUUUUGGCGGCCAGUUUAAUUUCGACGAAGGAACUCCCCCUACCAACUUUGACACUUUUCCAGCGGCAAUAAUGACAGUAUUUCAGAUCCUGACAGGCGAGGACUGGAACGAGGUCAUGUACGACGGCAUCAAGUCUCAGGGGGGCGUGCAGGGCGGCAUGGUGUUCUCCAUCUACUUCAUCGUGCUGACGCUCUUCGGGAACUACACCCUCCUGAAUGUCUUCUUAGCCAUCGCGGUGGACAACUUGGCCAAUGCCCAGGAGCUCACCAAGGAUGAACAAGAAGAGGAGGAGGCAGCCAACCAAAAACUUGCCCUGCAGAAAGCCAAGGAGGUGGCCGAAGUGAGUCCCCUGUCCGCAGCCAACCUGUCCAUAGCUGUGAAGGAGCAACAGAAGAAUCAGAAGUCAGCCAAGUCCGUGUGGGAGCAGCGGACGAGCGAGAUGCGCAAGCAGAACCUGCUGGCCAGCCGCGAGGCCCUGUACAACGAGCUGGACCCCGACGAGCGCUGGAAGGCCGCCUACGCCCGGCACCUGCGGCCGGACAUGAAGACCCACCUGGACCGGCCGCUGGUGGUCGACCCCCAGGAGAACCGCAACAAUAACACCAACAAGAGCCGGGUGGCCGAGCCCACCGUGGACCAGCGCCUCGGGCAGCAGCGCGCCGAGGACUUCCUCAGGAAACAGGCCCGCUUCCACGACCGGGCCCGGGACCCCGACGGCGCGGGGGGCCUGGACGCACGGCGGCCCUGGGCUGGCAGCCAGGAGGCCGAGCUGAGCCGGGAGGGCCCCUACGGGCGCGAGUCGGACCACCCCCCGCGGGAGGGCGGCCCGGAGCAGCCCGGCUUCUGGGAGGGCGAGGCCGAGCGGGCCAAGGCCGGGGAGCCGCACCGCAGGCACCCUCACCGGCAGGGGGGCGGCCGGGACAGCCGCAGCGGCUCGCCCCGCACGGGCGCCGAGGGCGAGCCCCGCCGGCACCGCGCCCACCGGAGGCCCGGGGAGGAGGGUCCCGAGGACAGGGCGGAGCGCAGGGCCCGACACCGCGAGGGCGGCCGGCCGGCGCGGGACGGAGAGGGCGGCGAGGGCGAGGGGCCCGACGGCGGCGAGCGCAGGAGGCGGCACCGGCACGGCCCCCCGGGCGCCUACGACGCGGACGCGCGCCGGGAAGAGAAGGAGCGCAGGCACCGGCGGAGGAAAGAGAACCAGGGCUCCGGGGUCCCCAUGUCGGGCCCCAACCUGUCUACCACCCGGCCGAUCCAGCAGGGCUUGGGCCGUCAGGAGCCUCCACCCGCCGAGGACAUAGAUAACAUGAAAAACAGCAAGCUGGUCACUGCAGAGUCCACCGGGCCCCACGACGGUCUCAGCCACGCUGCUCUGCCCCAGAGCCUGGCCAAGAUGGGCGACGGCACCGAUCCCGGGCCCACGCUGGCCCCGCCAGCCACGGCCGCCAACCCCCAGAACGCUGCCAGCCGCCGGACGCCCAACAACCCCGGGAACCCGUCCAACCCCGGGCCCCCCAAAACCCCCGAGAACAGCCUUAUCGUCACCAACCCCAGCAGCACCCAGGCCAACUCAGCAAAGACUGCCAGGAAACCUGACCACACCGCGGUGGACAUCCCCCCAGCCUGCCCGCCCCCCCUCAACCACACGGUUGUCCAAGUGAACAAAAAUGCCAACCCAGACCCACUGCCAAAAAAGGAGGAAGAGAAGAAGGGGGAAGAAGACGACGACCCCGGGGAGGACGGCCCCAAGCCCAUGCCCCCCUACAGCUCCAUGUUUAUUCUGUCCACAACCAAUCCCCUUCGCCGCCUGUGCCAUUACAUCCUGAACCUGCGCUACUUUGAGAUGUGCAUCCUCAUGGUCAUUGCCAUGAGCAGCAUCGCCCUGGCCGCCGAGGACCCCGUGCAACCUAACGCACCGCGGAAUAACGUGCUGCGGUACUUUGAUUACGUUUUUACAGGCGUCUUUACCUUUGAGAUGGUGAUCAAGAUGAUUGACCUGGGACUCGUCCUGCACCAGGGCGCCUACUUCCGCGACCUCUGGAACAUUCUAGACUUCAUUGUGGUCAGUGGGGCUCUGGUUGCCUUCGCCUUCACUGGCAAUAGCAAAGGAAAGGACAUCAACACGAUUAAAUCCCUCCGAGUCCUUCGGGUGCUACGACCUCUUAAAACCAUCAAGCGGUUGCCAAAGCUCAAGGCCGUAUUUGACUGUGUGGUGAACUCGCUCAAGAACGUCUUCAACAUCCUUAUUGUCUACAUGCUCUUCAUGUUUAUCUUCGCCGUGGUGGCUGUGCAGCUCUUCAAGGGGAAGUUUUUCCACUGCACCGAUGAAUCCAAGGAAUUCGAGAAAGAUUGUCGUGGCAAGUAUCUACUCUACGAAAAGAACGAGGUGAAAGCACGGGAUCGAGAGUGGAAAAAGUACGAGUUCCAUUACGACAACGUGCUCUGGGCUCUGCUGACCCUCUUCACCGUGUCCACGGGAGAAGGCUGGCCGCAGGUCCUCAAGCACUCAGUGGAUGCCACUUUUGAGAACCAGGGUCCCAGCCCCGGGUACCGCAUGGAAAUGUCCAUCUUCUAUGUCGUCUACUUCGUGGUCUUUCCCUUCUUCUUCGUCAACAUCUUUGUAGCUUUGAUCAUCAUCACCUUCCAGGAGCAGGGGGACAAGAUGAUGGAAGAGUACAGCCUGGAGAAAAAUGAGAGAGCCUGCAUCGACUUCGCCAUCAGUGCCAAGCCCCUGACCAGACACAUGCCCCAGAACAAGCAGAGUUUCCAGUACCGUAUGUGGCAGUUCGUGGUGUCCCCCCCUUUCGAGUACACCAUCAUGGCCAUGAUCGCCCUCAACACCAUCGUGCUCAUGAUGAAGUUCUAUGGGGCCUCCAUCGCUUACGAAAACGCCCUGAGGGUGUUCAACAUCGUCUUCACCUCCCUCUUCUCUCUGGAAUGUGUGCUGAAGGUCAUGGCUUUUGGGAUUUUGAAUUAUUUCCGCGAUGCCUGGAACAUCUUCGACUUCGUGACUGUUCUGGGCAGCGUCACCGAUAUCCUCGUGACCGAGUUUGGGAAUCCGAACAACUUCAUCAACCUGAGCUUCCUGCGCCUCUUCCGAGCGGCCCGGCUCAUCAAACUCCUCCGUCAGGGUUACACCAUCCGCAUCCUGCUCUGGACCUUCGUGCAGUCGUUCAAGGCCUUGCCGUAUGUCUGCCUGCUGAUCGCCAUGCUGUUCUUCAUCUACGCCAUCAUCGGGAUGCAGGUGUUUGGCAACAUCGGCAUCGACGUGGAGGACGAGGACAGUGACGAGGACGACUUCCAAAUCACUGAGCACAACAACUUCCGGACCUUCUUCCAGGCCCUCAUGCUUCUCUUCCGGAGUGCCACCGGGGAAGCCUGGCACAACAUCAUGCUCUCCUGCCUCAGUGGGAAGCCGUGUGACAAGAACUCUGGCAUCUUGACUCCCGAGUGUGGCAACGAAUUUGCUUAUUUUUACUUUGUUUCCUUCAUCUUCCUCUGCUCGUUUCUGAUGCUAAACCUCUUUGUCGCCGUCAUCAUGGACAACUUCGAGUACCUCACCCGAGACUCGUCCAUCCUGGGCCCUCACCACCUGGACGAAUACGUGCGUGUCUGGGCUGAGUACGACCCCGCAGCUUGGGGCCGUUUGCCUUACCCGGACAUGUAUCAGAUGCUGAGACACAUGUCCCCACCUCUGGGUCUGGGGAAGAAGUGCCCGGCCCGCGUGGCUUACAAGAGACUUCUGCGAAUGGAUCUGCCUGUUGCAGACGACAACACCGUGCACUUCAACUCCACCCUCAUGGCUCUGAUUCGCACAGCCCUGGACAUCAAGAUCGCCAAGGGUGGAGCCGACAAACAGCAGAUGGAUGCCGAGCUGCGGAAGGAGAUGACGGCGAUUUGGCCCAAUCUGUCCCAGAAGACGUUGGACCUACUGGUCACACCCCACAAGUCCACAGACCUGACAGUGGGGAAAAUCUACGCGGCCAUGAUGAUCAUGGAAUACUACCGGCAAAGCAAGACCAAGAAGCUGCAGGCCAUGCGCGAGGAGCAGAACCGGACUCCACUCAUGUUCCAGCGGAUGGAGCCCCCGUCUCCCACGCAGGAGGGUGGGCCCGGCCAAAACGCGCUGCCCUCCACGCAGCUGGACCCAGGAGGUGGCUUGAUGGCUCAGGAUGGGGGCAUCAAGGAGAGCCCGUCCUGGAUGACCCAGCGGGCCCAGGAGAUGUUCCAGAAGACGGGCACCUGGAGCCCCGAGCGGGGGCCUCCCCCGGACACGCCCAACAGCCAGACGCAUGUGCAGUCGGUGGAGAUGCGCGACAUGGGCCGAGAUGGCUACUCCGACAGCGAGCGCUACCUCCCCAUGGACGGCCAGGCCCGGGCCGCCUCCAUGCCUCGCCUCCCCGCCGAGAACCAGAGGAGAAGGGGCCGGCCACGUGGAAAUAACCUCCGUACCAUCUCAGACACGAGCCCCAUGAAGCGCUCGGCCUCCGUGCUGGGCCCCAAGGCCCGGCGCCUGGAAGAUUACUCCUUGGAGCGCGUCCUGCCCGAGGAGAACCAGCGGCACCACCAGCGGCGCCGCGAGCGUGCCCACCGUGCCUCCGAACGCUCCCUGGGCCGCUACACCGACGUGGACACAGGCUUGGGGACAGACCUGAGCGUGACCACCCAAUCCGGGGACCUUCCAUCAAAGGAGCGCGACCAGGAGCGGGGUCGGCCCAAGGACCGGAAAUACCGGCACCACCACCACCACCACCACCACCCCCCGCCCCCCGAUAAGGAGCGCUACGGCCAGGAGCGGCCCGAGCACGGCCGGGCCCGGGCCCGAGACCGGGACCAGCGCUGGCCCCGCUCGCCCAGCGAGGGCCGCGAGCACGUAAUGCACCGGCAGGGCAGUAGUUCCGUAAGUGGAAGCCCAGUCCCCUCAACAUCUGGUACCAGCACUCCACGGCGGGGGCGCCGCCAGCUCCCCCAGACCCCCUCCACCCCCCGGCCACACGUGUCCUAUUCCCCCGUGAUCCGUAAAGCCGGCGGCCCAGGCGCCCCGCAGCAGCAGCAUCAGGCAGCGGCGCGGCCGGGCCGGGCCAUCCCGGCGGCCCCACGGCGUACCCGGGCCCCGAGCCCGCGCCCUCGGGGGGCCACGGCAGCAGCCGCUCGCCCGCGACGGAGCCCGGGCGCCCGGGCCCUGUCGCCACGGCGGGAUGCGGUGGCCGGCGGCCGCCCCGCACGCGCCCGAGGGGCCGCGGCCACCACGGCUACUUCCACGACUACGGCGGCCACCCGCGGACGGCCCGGGCGGCGGCGGCGAGGAGGCCGCGGGCCGGGGCCUACGACGCGCCGCCCCCCGCGCGACACGCGCCCUCGGGCGCCGGGCGCUCGCCCAGGACUCCCCGGGCGGCCGGGCCGGCCUGCGCCUCGCCUUCCCGGCACGGCCGGCGGCUCCCCAACGGCUAUUACGCGGCGCACGGACUGGCUAGGCCGCGAGGGCCCGGCCCCCGGAAAGGCCUGCACGAGCCCUACAGCGAGACCGACGACGACGACUGGUGCUAAGCGCGGGCGUGGCGGGCGUCCGCGCCCACCCGACCACCCCCACGCCCCCCGCGCACACACCCCGCGGGGAGGGGGCGCAGAGCGCGGCACGCUCCCUCCCGCCAGGCUGGAAGGGGGUGCAGGGAAGGGCCUGGGACGGGAGCCGUCGGAAGAAUCUGUGCUUAGAGAAGGCGCCAGGGCGGCCUGCAAAGACCCUCGGCCGGAAAAGCGACGUGGCCCCCCGCCCACCCACCCAGCCGGGACCUCCCGACUGGCCGCCUGGUUGAGAAGGCACCACAGGGAUCCUUUGGGGCAGACAAACCACACUGGCCAGGGGAUUCGAAAUAACUCAGCCAUUUUUGGAGAACUUUGGGGAAAAUGGGGAAAAAAAAAAACAAAAAAAAAAUUAAAAAAAAAACAUUUUUAAACGAAAAAAGGGGAGAAAAAAUAGCUUCUAUUGAUGAGUUUUAUCAUCUCAAUUGAAUCUUUCCUUUCCCUGAUGACCGCGUGUGGUGAAAAAGCCAGAAGCAAAGGGGAGACAGCUGCCCCCAAACAAACCUCCAAAAGACACCUGCUCACACCCCAGUUUCUCAGAUACACACAGGAGUGCUUGCUGGUUAUACCAAACCCUACUAUUACUGCCUGCAGAAAUCAACUUUAAAAAAAAAGUAAUAAACAGUUUUAAAAAAAAAAAGACAAAAAAAUUAAUGAUUGAGAAAAAGAAGCAUUUUUUUCUGACAUUUGGUCCUGCUUGAAAUAACAAAAGAAAAAAAAAAAAAAAAC